CGCCCAAUCGGGACGAAGUCUUCGCUGGCCCGGGCUCUCGUGGGCUCACUCGCUCUAGGGAACCGGCACCAUGGCGUCGGGCUGCAAGAUCGGCCCGUCCAUCCUCAACAGCGACCUGGCCAACCUGGGGGCCGAGUGCCUGCGCAUGCUGGACUCGGGGGCCGACUACCUGCACCUGGAUGUAAUGGACGGACAUUUUGUUCCCAACAUCACUUUUGGUCACCCUGUGGUUGAAAGUCUUCGAAAGCAGCUAGGCCAGGAUCCUUUCUUUGAUAUGCACAUGAUGGUGUCUAGGCCGGAACAGUGGGUAAAGCCAAUGGCCGUGGCAGGUGCCAAUCAAUAUACCUUUCAUCUUGAGGCAACUGAGAACCCAGGGGCUUUGAUUAAAGACAUCCGGGAGAAUGGGAUGAAGGUUGGCCUUGCCAUUAAACCAGGAACGACAGUUGAAUAUUUGGCCCCAUGGGCUAAUCAAAUAGAUAUGGCCUUGGUAAUGACGGUAGAACCUGGGUUUGGAGGCCAAAAGUUCAUGGAAGAUAUGAUGCCAAAGGUUCACUGGUUGAGGACCCAGUUCCCAACUCUGGAUAUAGAGGUGGAUGGUGGAGUAGGUCCUGACACUGUUCAGAAGUGUGCAGAGGCAGGAGCUAACAUGAUUGUGUCUGGCAGUGCCAUCAUGAGGAGUGACGACCCUAGAUCUGUAAUCAACUUACUAAGAAAUGUUUGUUCAGAAGCUGCCCAGAAACGUUCUCUUGAUCGAUGAAGUCACAGGAACCCAGUUUCUGCUCAUGAAAUCUUUUUUACUGGAAAAGAGAAAUAUUAACUACCAAAUCACAUUGAAUCGAAUUGAAGCAGUGCUGCAUUCCAGUGAUUAAAAUCAAUUGUACAGGAUGUUCAAGAGGUUAGAAAUAACUCCCUUUUUAGUGAUGCCAUUUAGAGAUUAGCAUGAUGAAAUAUUCAUGUUUAUAUUGGGAAAUGAUUUUUGUAAAGAGUGAAAGUAUGGUUUUAUGAUUACAGACAGAAAUGUGUCUUAGUGCCUAAAGAGGAAAAUGAGCUACUAUGAAAACCAUUUUUCUGUAUUUUUAAAAAGAAUGUUCUGUUAUUUCCCCAGUUUACUCCUAAAGCAGAUGACACCAUAUUUUCUUUGUUGUGUCAUUUGUGGUUUGUUGAUGUGCCUGAGAAUGUGAAUGGAAUGGGGUGGCAUGUCAUGGCCUGGCAUCUGAAACAUUUCUACUUUUUCAUCUUACACUUGGUUUAUUAAAAACUUUAAAAAUAA